AUCCCACUGCUGGCGAUCAUCAAAGAAAACCCAGUGUUCCCCCGUGAGCAAACACGGGAUUAACUGCUCAGUCGUGUCAGUUUUGAACCAAUACGACCGCGCUGGUUCUUCUGCUUUCAAAAAGACAACUUCAGCUUUAACUUCUAACCGAGACUUGGAAAAUUCAAGCUGCAUGUUGGAUUUCCAAUGCAAUGAUCAUACAAUCUGAUGAACGGGGCUGGUGGUGCCUUUGCAAAGAGUCACACGGAGAAGCGCAGUGGCUUUCGUGCAUUUCAAAAUUCUCUCUGACUUUUUUUGAAAAUGGAAAUUUGACACUAUCAUCAGAGAAAGAUUAGGAUGCUUUAUUCUGCUUUACUCUUUUUUCCCAUCACUUUAACAGCCCAGAGCGACUGACCAUGCACACGAUUAAGCCUUUGAUGACACUGCGUUUUGGAGUCUUCAGGAAUCCUAACCUCUUUGGCACCGACAAAGACUUAUCAGUAGUGAUAAAGGAUUGUCCUUGUUCGUUUGGGAAAUUCAACACAGCAAAAAACUGAUGGAAGUCGGGAAACUGGCAGGAUUGAGUUUCCUGGGGGGUAGAAGGAAUCAUCAUAUUUCAGAGAGCCAAUGGACUCCAAGGUAAUUGAGAAUUCCUAGACUUCUUCUGGCUCCCACAAGGAUUUUCCAAGAGUGUUUUGGACGGAGGAGGAUUUAAAUGGUGCUAAUAACGGAGGAACAAGGUAAAGGUUCAAAGGUUCAAGAGAAUGGAGUGGCUGGAGGAGUCAGAAUUAGUAAGACUGAGUAUAGAACCAAUAAAGUGGAUAUGGAUAUUCCUGUCAUGUCCAUCACCAAGGCUGGCAAAGACGACGAUGAGAGCGAGGAAUCAAGCGAGGCAGAUAAUGAGGAACUUGAAAUCGAUUACACUCGAAAUUACUGGGAGGAUGAGGACGAUAUCUACCAGGAAUUUGAAGAGUUGGACUUUGAGACCUUGCCCGAUCGCUCAGACACACAGAGCAUUGCCUCAGAUGACUCCUUCUAUCCCCUCGACAAUUCAGUCACCUCUCACAUGCGCUACUCGUUUAGCUCUGACAGUCCAGAGCCCAUCUCCUUCUUCAAGGCCUGCUGCAACAACAAUGCCGUCAUUGUCAAGAUCAUGAUCAGACAAGGAGUGACUGAAGAGGAAGUGAAGGAGACGGACAGAAACAGAAGAUCUGGCUUGAUUGUGGCGUGCUAUAACGGCUAUGUGGACGUGGUCAUCGCUCUUUCUCAAUGCCCGUAUCUGGAUGUUAACUGGCAGGACAACGAGGGGAACACCGCUCUUAUAACUGCAGCUCAAGCAGGUCAUGCCAUCAUCUCCAACUACCUACUGAACUACUUUCCUGGUCUGGACAUCGAGAGGAGGAACUGUCACGGCUUCACAGCUUUGAUGAAGGCUGCCAUGCAGGGCAGGGCUGAGUGUGCUAGAGCGAUCAUGUUGGCAGGAGGUGAUAUCCAGGCUCGGGACUUUGGCCGGAAAAUGACACCCAAGGAGUGGGCACUCUUCACCGGUCGGUAUGAAACAGCCCGCCUGAUGAGUCGGCUGAUGUCCAACCCUUGUCCUGAGCAGUUCUGUGACUCCUUCUCCCUGGAGUGGCCACUGCUGGAGGAGUUGGUGGCCCAGGCCCAAGAGCCAAAGACCUGUAAGCAGCGUUUGAUCAACCUUCUUUCCUGCUGCCCUUAUAGAUUUUACAUCAACAACAAGGUAAAACCUAUGGAAGAUGGUGUCCUUGAACACAUGGUCCGGAUCACCACGGGACUGUCCAGUCCGCUUAUCGCCACAGCUUGCCGCACGGUGUGUCCGAGCAGCCCGCCGUGCAUCGGAAAACGUCGUCACGCGGUGCAGGAGAUCCUAAAGAGGCAACGUCUGGCGGAGCUGAAGCGCCUGGGCCCAGAGAGGCUAAACAACUACAAGAAACUUUUCCAGAACUCACGGAUCCUCCUCAUCCCCAGGGAGAAGGAUCGGAGGGCCAGUCUCCAGCCUCAGCUGCUAAGCAAUAUGGCAGCGGCGUCCACAGUGGCCAUAAGACGAGCCAGCCUGCUGCCACUCCAUAUGCUGAGGAGAAGCAGUGUGAGGCCGGGCCUAGUGGUUCCCAAGGUGAGGCUCUGCAAGGCCCCAGCUCCAAGCUACAAACCAGAAAAACUCAGAAGGAACAGUAACCAGAACCAGCUCCAGAUACCCAAGUGGGAUUAUAAGAUGAAGAAAAUAGAGCGAAUGCAGGAGGAGGAGCGCCAACGACUGCUACCCCUGAUUAGGAGACGAUGAAGGACCAAAGAAAGCUAAAGGAGACGUGGCUUACUGCAGCUUCAAAGUGCUCAGUGUAAAUCUUGACAUGGCUCUCAAAAUGCAUAUUCUUGCAGAAAAAGACACUUUGUUAAUGUAGACCAAACUGCUCAUCGUCUUCUUUGUUAGGGUUUCCUGCAAUGUUGCCUUUUUUCUACUUGAAACCACUCUUACUUUUUAAGGUGCACUUUGUGCUGGAAUGUGGCAGAUAUGGGAGCACAAGAAAAAUAUCAUGUACAUGUAACAUAAUAUCUCUUAUUUCUGUUGGUAUGCUGACAACAUUCAUUGUGUAUUAUUAUGCAUUCUAUUGAAUGUGGCAGAGAGUGGUGAGGUGCUUACUCAAAAAAAGGAAAACAUCACACAUUACUCAUUACUUUUCUUAAAAGUAACCCAGUACUUAAUUACUCAUCAUAGAAAGUAAUCUGUGGACACUACUGGUUACAUUACUUACAUGUUACUCUAUAAUAAGUCCUGAAAUGCAUUGUCACAUUAACUAUAAACGUGAGGCUACAGUCCCACACGCUGACACAAAUCCCUAUCCUGAUGAGGGCACAGCGUUAGCUUUAAACACAAAACCUACAACAAAACACAAAAAUGAAAUCAGGACAAAGAGAAUUUAAAGGGAUUAUAGGAAAAAAAACCUCAUCACUGCCUUUGUUACCUAUCUAAAACCAGGCUCUACCUGCUGGGGUGGGCUCUUCAUCCGCCCAGCUAUACCCCUCAGCUAGCUAUUCGCUAGCUAUUUGCUAGCUUUGUGUUAGCAAUAGCAUGCUAUCUAUGCAGAUGCCUCUGAAGAGCUGAUGUUGUGUUAGCAGUAUAACACAUGUGUCUGUCCUGAAUGCAGUUUGCACUUUGCAGUCUUGUUCUCUCGUGCAAUAAAAAUAAAAGUUGUAGACCUUUUUUUAAAUUUUCCUCCUCCCUUAACUAAAAUAAGCGGAUUACAGUGCAAGUGCACAUCAGGAGGAAGUCAUAAUUGAUAGUUUUUUUCCUUCUACCUGCCCAUUGUGCACAUAAUUUAAGAACCUUUGUAACUCAUGUAAUGAGUUCAUGAUAUGAUUGCUCAAUUUAGUACAAUAACGUGUUACAUUACUGUGUUAUUUAAAAAUGUAAUGGGAUUACAGUUACGUGUUACUUUGGGAUGGGUUAACACCCAACACCAUAACCCACCUAUAGGCGAAAACCACACACUACUGACCUUGUUGCUUGGAAACAAUCCAGGUUUAACACACCAGCCAUUGUUAAUGGUUGACCUUCUGAGGUCUAAGCCAUCAUACGUAGGAACCAUAAAUCUACCCUAACUGUGUAUUUUGGAGAAAGCCAAUAUAGACUUACAAGCAAUAUAUUAAUACCAAAAAUGGCACAUUCUGAUUUUCUAGGGUUAGUGCUCGGUUAAAGCUGGGGAUGGUGUAGAUAAUGUCAUAUUGAGAGGAUUAAGCACACUGAAAGUUGUAAGAUAAGACAGAAGUGAGAUUAUAUCACAGGACAGAAUGGUUUGGAUGGAGACAAAGAAUUGCAACAGGAUGAGAGGUGUAAGAGAGGAAUGCAGACAUACAGAAAUCACAGAGACACUAUGGGUUAGCAAGGGUCUGUUUUGAAGCCUCAUGUCUCAUAUUUCAUCUUGGUAUUUUGACCGAUGAGCGAGGGGUGAUUCUGGCUGAGAACCGAGAGACCCUGUAUGCUCACAUGACAGCAACUUAUCAAACAGAACAUUUGGACAUCAUGUUCUACUCAAGGGGAUCAAAACUGAGACUCUAAUCUUACCAGGAAAGGGUGUUUUGGGGUCAUAGAUUACUUUAUGCCAGCUGCUUCCUUAAACUGAAGAACUCGGUUAGGUCUGUCAGACCCUUUUUUAUCAUCUAUUUACUCUAAAUGUAACACAAUUUUUUUUUAAAUUAAAACAAAGUUCCCCACUGAUUUUUCAGUUUUGGAAGCUGUGUCCAUCUUUUACAGUCCAUGGGUCCUGUUUACCUUAGAAGAAAAAAGGGUAAAAGCCUUGGCGAAAGGGCACAACGUAUUGGAAACUGACAUACACAUUUACUGGAGAGGAAUACCAAGAGGGC